GAAAAAAGAAGACAUGAUAAAAUGUUGGCAGUUCUUUAGUUCUGUUCUUUGUCUGCUUCUGUUUCAAGCCUGUCAUCAGUUCAAAGAAGAAUUUCUCUGACACAGAGCAACAAGUGCUGGAUGUUGAGAUGGGGUUUAUCCUGGUCUGGUCCCUGACCUGUUUCUUGUUGAAUAUACACCUCUGCAAACAGGCCACAGACAGACCACAGGCCCACCUGACCAUGGACACAACAUCCAUUCACCAGGGGUUUGUGACCCUGACCUGCUCUGUGAAUUCAUCAUCAUCUGAAUGGAAAUACUACUGGUACAGAGGCAACAGAGUCUAUUUUUACCAGACCACAUAUUCACAAACAACUGCCUCACCUGGAGGAACCUAUCAGUGCAGAGGAGGCAGAGGAUAUCCAGUUCACUUCAGUGACUACAGCAAUUCAGUUGUAGCACACAGGGUCGUUUUGACCCUUGAUCCAAACUGGUCUGAGAUAUUUUAUGGAGAGGCGUUGACACUCAGAUGUGAGAUCCAGGAUGGAGGAAACACUGGGUGGACAUAUGAAUGGACAAAGGACACAUUAAACAUACCUCCAACGACAAAUGAAUACAGAAUUACCAGAGCUACUACAGCAGACCGUGGAUCCUACAGAUGUAGAGGAAGAACAGACUCAUCUGUCACAACAGAGUGGAGUAAUGUCAUUGAAUUGACAGUAGCAGACAGACCAAAGACCCAACUGAGCAGGUCCACAACAUCCAUUAACCAGGGGAAUGUGACCCUGACCUGCUCUGUGAGGUCAUCAUCUGGAUGGAAAUACUACUGGUACAAAGACAAGAGUCUAUAUAAACCCCAGAACCCACAACUUUAUUCUGAUCAUCCACUCAUAACUGUCUCACCUGGAGGAACCUAUCAGUGCAGAGGAGGCAGAGGAGAUCCAGUUUACUACAGCAACUACAGCAACUCAGUUGUGGCACACAGGGUCGUUUUGACCCUUGAUCCAAACUGGUCUGAGAUAUUUUAUGGAGAGGCGUUCACACUCAGAUGUGAGAUCCAGGAUGGAGGAAACACUGGGUGGACAUAUGAAUGGACACUGGACACAAUAAACUUAACUACAACAACAAAUGAAUACAGAAUUACCAGAGCUACUCCAGCACACCGUGGAUCCUACAGAUGUAGAGGAAGAACAGACUCAUCUGUCACAACAGUGUGGAGUAAUGUCAUUAAAUUGACAGUAGCAGACAGACCACAGGUCCACCUGACCAUGGACACAACAUCCAUUGACCAGGGGAGUGUGACCCUGACCUGCUCUGUGAGUUCAUCAUUAUCUGGAUGGAAAUACUACUGGAAGAAAGACAACACAGACUAUUAUCGCCAGACCACAUAUUCACAACUAACUGCCUCAUCUGGAGGAACCUAUCAGUGCAGAGGAGGCAAAGGAGAUCCAGUUCACUACAGUGACUACAGCAACUCAGUUGUGAUACACAGGGUCGUUUUGACCCUUGAUCCAAACUGGUCUGACACAUUUUAUCGAGAGGCGUUCACACUCAGAUGUGAGAUCCAGGAAGGAGGAAACACUGGGUGGACAUAUGAAUGGACAAAGAACACAAUAAACAUACCUACAACAACAAGUGAAUACAGGAUUUCCAACGCUACUACAGCACACCGUGGAUCCUACAGAUGUAGAGGAAGAACAGACUCAUCUGACACAACACAGUGGAGUAAUGUCAUUGAAUUGACAGUAGCAGACAGACCAAAGACCCAACUGAGCAGGUCCACAGCAUCCAUUAACCAGGAGAGUGUGACCCUGACCUGCUCUGUGAGUUCAUCAUCUGGAUGGAAAUACUACUGGUACAAAGACAAGAGCCUGUAUAAACCCCAGAACCCACAACUUUAUUCUGAUCAUCCACUCAUAACUGUCUCACCUGGAGGAACCUAUCAGUGCAGAGGAGGCAGAGGAGAUCCAGUUUACUACAGCGACUACAGCAACUCAGUUGUGACACACAGGGUCGUUUUGACCCUUGAUCCAAACUGGUCUGAGAUAUUUUAUGGAGAGGCGUUCACACUCAGAUGUGAGAUCCAGGAUGGAGGAAACACUGGGUGGACAUAUGAAUGGACAAAGAACACAAUAAACAGACCUACAACGACAAAUGAAUACAGAAUUACUAGAGCUACUACAGCACACCGUGGAUCCUACAGAUGUAGAGGAAGAACAGACUCAUCUGACACAACAGAGUGGAGUAAUGUCAUUGAACUAACAGUAGCAGACAGACCAAAGACCCAACUGAGCAGGUCCACAACAUCCUUUAACCAGGAGAGUGUGACCCUGACCUGCUCUGUGAGGUCAUCAUCUGGAUGGAAAUACUACUGGUACAAAGACAAGAGCCUGUAUAAACCCCAGAACCCACAACUUUUUUCUGAUCAUCCACACAUAACUGUCUCACCUGGAGGAACCUAUCAGUGCAGAGGAGGCAGAGGAGAUCCAGUUUACUACAGUGAAUACAGCAACUCAGUUGUGACACACAGGGUCGUUUUGACCCUUGAUCCAAACUGGUCUGAGAUAUUUUAUGGAGAGGCGUUCACACUCAGAUGUGAGAUCCAGGAUGGAGGAAACACUGGGUGGACAUAUGAAUGGACAAAGAACACAAUAAACAGACCUACAACGACAAAUGAAUACAGAAUUACUAGAGCUACUACAGCACACCGUGGAUCCUACAGAUGUAGAGGAAGAACAGACUCAUCUGACACAACAGAGUGGAGUAAUGUCAUUGAACUAACAGUAGCAGACAGACCAAAGACCCAACUGAGCAGGUCCACAACAUCCUUUAACCAGGAGAGUGUGACCCUGACCUGCUCUGUGAGGUCAUCAUCUGGAUGGAAAUACUACUGGUACAAAGACAAGAGCCUGUAUAAACCCCAGAACCCACAACUUUUUUCUGAUCAUCCACACAUAACUGUCUCACCUGGAGGAACCUAUCAGUGCAGAGGAGGCAGAGGAGAUCCAGUUUACUACAGCGACUACAGCAACUCAGUUGUGACAAACAUACCUGUAGUGACGCUGAAAUCCAGCUGGUCUGAGAUAUUUCAUUCAGAGACGGUCACUCUCAGAUGUGAGAUCACAGAUGGAGGGGACACUGAGUGGGUUUAUGAAUGGUCAACAUCAGGCCCAGAACUACCUCAGGAACAAAGUGAAUAUCUGACCAUCAGAGUUAAUUUUUACACCAGUAGACAGUACUACUGUAAGGGUAAACACAAAGAGGAUAAGAAUAUGGAAACAGAAUGGAGCAACUCCAUGUCUCUGAAUCCAUCAUUACCAAAACCACAGGCCCACCUGACCUCUGACACAACAUCCAUUCAACAAGGCAGCAGUGUGACCCUGACCUGCUCUGUGAGGUCAUCAUCUGGAUGGAAAUACUACUGGUACAAAGACAACACCUUAUAUAAACCCCACACCACACAAGACUUUUCUGAUAAUCCACAAAUAAGUGUCUCAGUGGGUGGAAGCUACCGGUGCAGAGGAGGCCGAGGAAACCCAGUUUACUACACAUACAACAGCAACACAGUCAGUAUCAGCACCAUCGUCUCAAAUGGGACCAUUGUGACUCUGGAUCCAAACUGGUCUGAGAUAUACACAGGAGAGAAGAUCACCCUCAGAUGUGAAAUCCACAGAGGAGACACAGAGUGGGAGUAUGAAUGGAGAAAAUCUGACUCAGCCCUGUCUGAAACAGAAUCUGAAAUCAGAAUAACUAAAGCUCAUUCACGCCUUACUGGAGACUACAGCUGCAGAGGAAAAAUGAAACAGUCACAGGAUCAUUCAACAAACUGGAGCGACAAAGUCACACUGACGGUAUCAGUUGGUAAACCCAGUUCUGUCCUCACUGUGUCUCCAUCAUGGCUGAGUCCUGGAGCCUCAGUAACUCUGAAGUGUCAUGUUAAACCUCCAUCUGCAGGAUGGAGGUUUUAUUGGUAUAAGGCUGUUCCUCAGUUAUCAGAUGAACCGUACAGGUAUGAGCUGUUACCUGACAGCAGUGAAGGGACUGAACAGGAGGUUUUCACCAUCCAUGGACAAAAAAACACCACAGGUUAUGUGUGUAGAGCUGGAAGAGGAGAUCCACAGUUUUACUCUGAGUACAGUCGACCUAAGUUUACCUGGUGUGGAGAUAUGGACUCAUCAGUGUCUCUCAGAGUGAGUCCCAACAGAAGUCAACAUUUCACCUCUGAGUCUAUCUCACUGAGCUGUGAGACCAACUCUGAUAAAUGGAGAGUGAAACGGUUCUAUGAGAACUGUUCCUCAAAUUGUAAUUAUUACAGCUGGAGGACUGAUACAUCUCCGUGCAUCAUCUACUGGACAGUGUACAAUCGUGCAGUGUUCUGGUGUGAGUCUGGAUCAGGAGAGUUUAGCAACGCAGUUAACAUCUCUACUCAUGAUGAUAUUAUCUUAGAGAGCCCUGUGCAUCCUGUGACUGAAGGACAACCUCUGACUCUCAGCUGUAGACGGAGGACAGACGGUAUUCUGUCUGAUGUCAGUUUCUACAAAAAUGGAAAACUAAUCCAGAAUGGAACCAGUGGACAACUCAAUAUCUCUGCAGUGUCUAAGUCAGAUGAAGGUUUUUAUCAGUGUGAAAGAAAAGAGGUACUGAGCCGAAGAGUACAGGUUUGGAUGUCACCAGAGAGCUGGGUGUCUGUAAAAUCUGGGUCCGUGGUUGAAAGCCCUCCCUUUCCUGUGUGGUUUGUCAUUGGACCAAUUUGUGGAAUUUUAUUGAUAAUCCUUCUGUUCCUGUUGUGUCGCUACAAUUCAUACUGUAUCAGAUGGUUUAGGUGUCCUCACUCUCCAAAAAGCAGUCAGAGCUCUGCUGCAGACCACAUGAUGAACCAGACUGAGGCUCAACAUGACCCUAGCCCUUCUCCUCUUCAUGCUGAUGCUUUUCUGUACGACUCCAUCAAAGACAACGGAGACUCUGGGAGCGGGGGACCUUCAGAUGUCACAUAUUCUUCAAUUGAACUUAAAAACAUGAAGGGAGCCAAAAAACAGAAACCAGGAGAGGAGUGUACUGUUUACUCAGCGGUGAAGCCAAAACCAGCUGCAGAUGAUAAUGUGGUGUACACCCAGGUCCACGCCCACGGUAAAGGAAAAGCCAAAAGAAAGAAAGGAAAAGCAUCUCCUGGAGCUCCAGAGGAAACCGAGGAAACAGAUGCUGUUCCUCUCCAUACAGAAAUGGCUGAUGGUCACUUUCAGGGUUUAAUCACCUUCUUCUCAUGGAAUGCACUGUUGCUUCUUGGGGUCUGCUUCCAUGUGACGAACAUAGCUGUAGUGACGCUGAAAUCCAGCUGGUCUGAGAUAUUUUAUUCAGAGACGGUCACUCUCAGAUGUGAGAUCACAGAUGGAGGGGACACUGAGUGGGUUUAUGAAUGGUUCACAUCAGGCACAAAUCUACCUCUGGAGCAAAGUGAAUACUUGACCAUCAGAGUUGAUUUUAAUGACCGUAGAUGGUACUACUGUAAGGGUAAACACAAAGAGGAUGAGAAUAUGGAAACAGAAUGGAGCAACUCCAUGUCUCUGCAAGCAUUAUCACCGAAACCAGAGGCCCACCUGACCUCUGACACAACAUCCAUUCAACAAGGCAGCAGUGUGACCCUGACCUGCUCUGUGAGGUCAUCAUCUGGAUGGAAAUACUACUGGUACAAAGACAACACCUUAUAUAAACCCCACACCACACAAGACUUUUCUGAUAAUCCACAAAUAAGUGUCUCAGUGGGUGGAAGCUACCGGUGCAGAGGAGGCCGAGGAAACCCAGUUUACUACACAGACGACAGCAACACAGUCAGUAUCAGCACCAUCGUCUCAAACGGGGCCGUUGUGACUCUGGAUCCAAACUGGUCUGAGAUAUACACAGGAGAGAAGAUCACCCUCAGAUGUGAAAUCCACAGAGGAGACACAGAGUGGGAGUAUGAAUGGAGAAAAUCUGACUCAGCCCUGUCUGAAACAGAAUCUGAAAUCAGAAUAACUGAAGCUAAUUCAGACCAUACUGGAGACUACAGCUGCAGAGGAAAAAUGAAACAGUCACAGGAUCAUCCAACAAACUGGAGCGACAAAGUCACACUGACGGUAACAGUUGGUAAACCCAGUUCUGUCCUCACUGUGUCUCCAUCAUGGCUGAGUCCUGGAGCCUCAGUAACUCUGAAGUGUCAUGUUAAACCUCCAUCUGCAGGAUGGAGGUUUUAUUGGUAUAAGGCUGUUCCUCAGUUAUCAGAUGAACCGUACAGGUAUGAGCUGUUACCUGACAGCAGUGAAGGGACUGAACAGGAGGUUUUCACCAUCCAUGGACAAAAAAACACCACAGGUUAUAUGUGUAGAGCUGGAAGAGGAGAUCCACAGUUUUACUCUAAGUACAGUCUACCUAAGUUUACCUGGUGUGGAGAUAUGGACUCAUCAGUGUCUCUCAGAGUGAGUCCCAACAGAAGUCAACACUUCACCUAUGAGUCUAUCUCACUGAGCUGUGAGACCAACUCUGCUGAAUGGAGAGUGAGACAGUUCUAUGAGGACUUUUAUUUAUUUUGUGAUGAUUACCGCUGGAAGGCUCAAACAUCUCCAUGCAUCAUCUCCAGAACAGUGUACAAUGGUGCAGUGUUCUGGUGUGAGUCUGGAUCAGGAGAGUUUAGCAACGCAGUUAACAUCUCUACUCAUGAUGAUAUUAUCUUAGAGAGCCCUGUGCAUCCUGUGACUGAAGGACAACCUCUGACUCUCAGCUGUAGACUGUGGACAGACGGUAUUCUGUCUGAUGUCAGUUUCUACAAAAAUGGAAAACUAGUCCAGACUGGAACCAGUGAACAGCUCAAUAUCUCUGCAGUGUCUAAGUCAGAUGAAGGUUUUUAUCAGUGUGAAAGAAAAGAGGUACUGACCCGAAGAGUACAGGUUUGGAUGUCACCAGAGAGCUGGGUGUCUGUAAAAUCUGUGUCUGUGGAUGAAAGCCCUCCCUUUCCUGUGUGGUUUGUCAUUGGACCAAUUUGUGGAAUUUUAUUGAUAAUCCUUCUGUUCCUGUUGUGUCGCUACAAUUCAUACUUCAUCAGGUGGUUUAGGUGUCCUCGCUCUCCAAAAAGCAGUCAGAGCUCUGCUGCAGACCACAUGAUGAACCAGACUGAGGCCCAACAUGACCCUAGCCCUUCUCCUUUUCAUGGUGAUGCUUUUCUGUACGACUCCAUCAAAGACAACAGAGACUCUGGGAGCGGGGGACCUUCAGAUGUCACAUAUUCUUCAAUUGAGCUUAAAAACAUAAAGGGAGCCGAAAAACAGAAACCAGGAGAGGAGUGUACUGUUUACUCAGAGGUGAAGACAAAACCAGCUGCAGGUGAUAAUGUGGUGUACGCCCAGGUCCACGCCCACGGUAAAGGAAAAGCUAAAAGAAAGAAAGGAAAAGCAUCUCCUGGAGCUCCAGAGGAAACCAUAUACUCAGCGGUCAAAUAAGCUACACAGCUAAUGGUAGAAGUGAAAAAUGAUAAUGCAGUAUAAAGCUCUUUACGAGUGAUUUUAUCUAAAUCUUUGCAGCUUUGCGUACUUUAAGGCUAUGUAUAGUUUAUUUAAUGUCUGAUUAUUUUAAAGAUAAUUAUUGGUUGGAUUUAUUCAUCUGUUGUGUAUUUCUUUAAGUAUAGUUCAUUCAGUGUUGUUGUAUUAUAUACUGUAUUUUUUUUUUUUCAGUCACUUCAUUUAAAAAGCUACAUGGACAAAUUUAAUAGCAAUGUUUAAUAUAUAAAAUAAUCUAAAAAGCAGUAGAACUUGCAGUAUUUAAAGGAUAGUACACAGUUUUAAGUUGGCCUUUCUUAGUGCUUUUGAUACAAAAUAAUGAUCAUUAAUAGUUGGUUUUUAUAUGUGAUAAUCUACCACCAGAACAUCUGGUUGUAUUAUUGUAUUAUAUUGUACUAU